CGUCGUCUUCGUGCCCAGCCCACAACACGCAUAGUCCCUCUCCACCCACACGCGCAAGAAGAACAACGAACGUGCAGAAUAUAGCGAACGAAAGAGAGGAACAAAAUCACCAUCACGAUUACCCAAAUUGGCAACGUUGGAUUCUUCAGGAUUGCUUCCAUGGCUGACAUUUGCUGCUACACGUUAGUUUCCAUAGCCAAUUCGUGAUCGUAGUGCCCCUUUUCCAAAACCCUAGGAGAGAGAAACUUCGAGUUGAAACGGCCUCUUGGGGCUCUCAGGUUGUGCCCCGCCUUCCAAUUCUGCGACCCUUUUGUGGACUCAGAUCCUUUAAUACAUGGCAAGUGAAACUCUGAGAUAUUAGAGGUUGGGAAUGAAUGGAUAUAAAUCAGGAUCUGCUCUCCUUGUAAAUGCUGAGGUCGAUUCUAUGGGAGGAGUUGUUGACGGCGGAGUUGGUAUAGGUUUGAAGAUCUCUCCGCGCAGAGCAGCAAUUGAGAAGGCUCAAGCAGAGCUCAGAGAGGAGUAUGAUGUACGUGAAGAAAGAAGAAGAGAGCUUGAAUUUCUUGAAAAAGGUGGGAAUCCUCUGGACUUUAAGUCUGGGAAUGCUGCUUCAGUUAGUGUCCAGUCUACUUCACUCACUGAUCAGCCUCAUGAGCAGUUUGUGACCAGUGAAGCAAAAGGUAGUUUUGCAUUGACUGCCUCCCCUCAUGGUGACUCUGUUGACAGUAGUGCUAGACCAGGGCCCCCUUUGGCUAGUGAACCUAAUACUGCUGACAAUCUCCUACUUUUUGAUGGUGAGAAUGAGUUGCCUGAAACUGGAAGGAGGUGCCUGCAUUCAAAUAGAAGGAAUAAUAUUGCUCCAUCAGAACAAUCUUCCCAAAUUGAAGGGAGUCAAAAUGCUAAGGAGACUGAAGAUUCUGCUAUUUUCCGGCCAUAUGCACGAAGGAACAGAUCUAGAUCAAUUCACGGUCCUCGGGGGGCUUCAAGGGAAGUGAAGGGGUUAAUGUGUGAAACAAAUAGCCAAAAGAACCCUAAUUUGCCAACUGUAUCUAAGCCAAAGCCUUCCAGUUUAAAUGGUGAUAUCGGUACCAAAAAUUUGACAACUAAUAAUACACUGAAUAAUGAAUUGGUUGGGAUCCGAGAUCAUCAUUCCACUAGUGGCAGUGCUAGUGUUCCUGAAGACAAAUUGGAUAUUACGGUGAAUAGAAACAUAAAAGAAAAUCAUGGAAUUCUAGCUUCUGAAGAUAAUACUGUUAAAAUCCCAGUUCUUAUGGCUUCUGGAGAAGCUAAUGUGGUUGAGAUAAGGGAGCCAGUAGCUGCUGUCAAUUGUGAGCCUCCACCUCAUGUACCUACUGUAAAACCUGAAAAUGGGCCUUAUUAUAGUCAGCCAAAUGGGUUUGGCAAUGUAGAAGUAGACAGGAAAAGUGUACCAAAGGAAGGCCAAAAUAGCAUUGCUACAUUAGGCAAGAAGAAUUUCGAUUUAGAGUCCUCGUGCACACAAAGUAGUUUAGGUAGAGAUGUAAAUAAGGAUAGUGAUAUGUGUACUAAUACAAAGAAUGUUGAUGCUAAUGGAAAUACCAUGGAACAAACAUGUGCAUUAGAGAAUAAACUGAACCUCUCUGGCUGUGAAGUUGUGAAAGUUAGGCAUAAGACUGAAAAUGAAAAUGGUGCUACUGUUAGCAAUGAGCAUGAUGCUGGUUAUCAAAAUCAUUUUGGUAGUGGUGAUUUGGUCAAAGCUGAGGAAAAUGUCCAUAUUAACAGAUCCUGCAUGUCAAAUAUCAAGGGUCAUAAUGGCAGCACCAUUUCAAAAGCUGAUAAAGAUACUGUUUUAGUGGAUGAGUCCAAUUCAUUCAAGGAGACCAGCGGUGAAAGACAUCAGGUUCCUGUGGAUGUGUCACUUUCAGAACCUCCUCAGGCUGCUCCAGCUGAAAAGGUUAGGGGCACCACCUCUGAUGAUCAACCAUGUCCUACGAACAAUAUGAAGUUGGCAGACAAGGCUCGUGAAGAUUCUAUUUUGGAAGAGGCUCAAAUUAUAGAGGCUAAGAGGAAGAGAAUUGCAGAGUUAUCACUUCGCUCAUUAUCUGCACAGAACCACAGAAAGUCACACUGGGGUUUUGUUCUUGAGGAAAUGGCAUGGCUUGCAAAUGAUUUUGCACAGGAGCGUCUUUGGAAAAUAUCUGCUGCUGCACAAUUGGGCCAUCAAGCAACUUUUUCUUGUCGGUCAAGAUUUGAAAAACUAAACAGACAAUUAGGGACAAAAUUUUUGUCUCACAGGAUAGCCAAGGCUGUCAUGCAAUUUUGGCAUUCUGCUGAGCUUCUUCUAGACAAUGAUCUUGGUAUUGACUGCAUUGUUGAUUGUGUUGAAUCUGGGAAAGUUGAUGCCCAUGAAGCUUUGAGGGAUAAGAGAAGAAAUUUCAAUAUGAAGCGGGAUACAAGCAAAUUUUUGGAUGGACAAAAUCCCAUAAAACAUGCUGCAUUUAAAGUGCAUGCAUAUGCUUUAAGAUUUUUAAAGGCUAAUAGAUCUCAUGGAAUUUCCUCUCAAGCAGAAGCUCCUACAACACCUGAAAAGUUAUUCGACUCAAGCACUGUAGAUAUGUCAUGGGAUGAGCAUCUUAAUGAAGAAAGUCUUUUCUAUGAAGUUCCUCCUACUGCAAUGGAAACAUAUAGAAGAGCUAUCGAAUCCCAUUUCCUACAGGUUGAGAAAACUGGGAGUAGCAUUCAAGAGGAAGUUGAAACAUCUGUGUAUGAUACUGCAGCAGAUUUUGGGUCUCAAGAGAAUGCAUAUGACGAGGAAGACGGAGAAACCGGCACUUAUUACUUGCCCAGUGUCUAUGAGGGCAACAAAUCAUCAAAAUCUGUGCAGAAGAAACAUAAAAAUUUGAAGUCUUACCCUCCUAGAUGUGGUGAUGCUGGUGCUGAUUUGCCUUAUAUACACUAUACAGCUGGAACUCAACAAUCCAUGCUGCUUGGGAAAAGACCUGCUAAUUUAAAUGUUGGGUCAAUACCAACAAAACGCAUGCGUACGGCUACUAGGCAUAGAGUUGUAACUCCUUUCACUGUCAACAUUGGGACGGUACAGCCUCAUGCUAAGGCGGAUGCUUCAAGUGGUGAUACCAAUUCCUUUCAUGAUGACCAGAGUACUUUACAUGCUGGACCCUUGAUCCAGAAAAGUACUGAGGUGGAGUCAGUUGCAGAUUAUGAUAAACAGUUAUCUUAUGAUUGUGCAGAAAUAUUUGUUAAAACAAAGAAGAAGAAGAAGGCAAAGACUCUGGGUUCUACAUAUGAUCAGGGAUGGCAGUUGGAUUCUGUUGUUCUAAAUGAACAGAGGGAUCAGUGCAAGAGGAGAGGGGAAAGUCAUCCCUUUGAAUCUAAUGGAAGUAGUGGUUUGCAUGGGCGACUUAGUUUGAAGAAGCCAAAGAUAUUGACACCAUCACUUGAAAAUCCUUUGGACAAUAUUGUGCCAAUGACUAAUUCUAUUCCUUCCCCAGCUGCUUCACAAAUGAGUAACAUGUCAAAUCCUAAUAAAUUUAUUAAGAUCAUUAGUGGGCGAGACAGGAGUCGGAAAGCUAAAGCACUGAAGAUUUCUGCUGGACAGCCUGGUUCUGGAAGUCCUUGGUCACUAUUUGAAGAUCAGGCUCUUGUGGUCCUGGUACAUGAUAUGGGUCCAAACUGGGAGCUUGUAAGUGAUGCUAUCAAUAGUGCUCUCCAAAUCAAGUGCGUAUUUCGGAAACCAAAAGAAUGCAAGGAGCGUCAUAAAAUUUUAAUGGAUAGAACUACUGGGGAUGGUGCAGAUAGUGCUGAAGAUUCAGGGUCUUCACAGUCUUAUCCUUCUACAUUACCUGGAAUUCCUAAGCAGGGUAGUGCCAGGCAGUUGUUUCAACGUUUGCAGGGGCCAAUGGAGGAGGAUACACUGAAGUCUCAUUUUGAGAAAAUUAUAAAGAUUGGGCAAAAGCAACAUUUCCUUAAGAAUCAGGCUGAUAACCAGGAUUUAAAACAAUUAGUGCCUGUCCAUGAUUCACAUGCGCUUGCUCUUUCCCUAACCAGCCCCAACAACCUGAAUGGAAGUCUUUUAACGCCACUUGAUCUCUGUGAAGCGGAACAAACAAACCCAGAUGUUACAGCCCUCGGGUAUCAAGGUUCUCAUGCUGGUGGUUUGACAUUACCAAAUCAAGGUUCUGUACCAUCAAUGCUUCCUACAUCUGGUGUGAAUUCUUCACUAGCUGGGUCUUCUGGUAUGGUUCUUGGCCAUAAUUUGUCAUCAUCAUCUGGUCCAAUUGCUGCAUCUGUCAGGAGUGCUAGAUAUGGGAUUCCAAGAAAUUCACCUUCAUCAGUGGAUGAGCAACAGAGAAUACAAUACAAUCAAAUGUUAUCUGGAAGAAAUAUUCAGCAGAGCAUGUCAGUUACAGGGACUCUUCCUGGAAGUGAUCAUGGUGUUCGCAUGCUUCCUGGUGGAAAUGGUAUGGGCUUGAUGGGUGGAAUUAACAAAAGCAUGGCAAUGUCCAGGCCAGGGUUUCAAGGAAUGGCAUCACCGUCAAUGCUUAAUUCUGGAAGCAUGCUUUCUUCUAGUAUGGCUGGGAUUCCAAGCCCUGUAAGUAUGCACCCUGGAGUUGGUCCUGGACAAGGGAACUCAAUGUUAAGACCUCACGAGACUCUACAUAUGAUGAGGCCUGGCCAUAACCCAGAACAUCAAAGACAAAUGAUGGUUCCAGAGCUUCAGAUGCAAGUCACCCAAGGGAACAGUCAAGUUAAUCCUGCUCUAUGCGGGCUGAGCUCUGCCUUCAGCAAUCAGACAACACCUGUUCAGCCUUACCCAGGACAUGCCCAGCAGCCACACCAACUGUCUCAGCAGCAGUCCCAUCUGAGUAAUCCUCGUCCUCAUCUUCAAGGUCCAAGUCAUUCCACUAAUUCACAGCAAGCCGCCUAUGCUGUUCGGUUGGCGAAGGAAAUGCAACUGCAGCAACGAUAUCUGCAGCACCAGCAGCAGCUUGCUGCAUCAAAUGUGUUGAUGCCACAUGUCCAGGCAAAGUCUCAACUUCCCAUGUCAUCAUCACCAUUGCAGAACAGUUCUCAGGUUCAACAACAAAAUUCUUCUCAGCAAUUACCUCUUUCACCUAUAACGCCAUCACCCCCUUUGACUCCCAUGUCAUCCCAGCUGCAACAGCAGAAACUUCACCAGACACAACCGGGAUUCAGCAGGAAUCCCACUGCUAGUGGGUUGCCUAAUCAAGCACCAAAGCAGCGCCCACGACAUAUGCCACAGCCACAGCCACAGCAGCAGUAUCAACAUCCUGGAAGGCAACAUCCUAACCAACGCCAUAAUGUACAUUCUCAACAGCAGGCAAAACUUCUGAAGGGAAUGGGAAGAGGAAAUAUAUUGGUCCAUCAAAAUCUAUCUGUGGAUACUUCUCAUCUAAGUGGACUCUCUCUACCUGCAGGAAGCCAAACUGGUGAAAAAGGGGACCAAAUCAUGCACAUGAUGCAAGGUCAAAAUUUAUAUCCCGGAUCUGGUUUAAACCCAAAUCAACCUCCAAAGCCUUUGGGUCAUGCUCAUUCUUCAAAUCAUUCACAGUUGCAGCAGAAGCUACAUUCUGGGUCACCCACCACUUCAUCAAAGCAACUUCACAUUCCUUCUGAUACUGCCCAAGGACAGGUUUCACCAAUUUCAUCGGGUCAGUUGUUGCCACCCCCACAGCCAGGUGUUAUUUCUUCUAACCACCAUCAGCUGCAGCCACAGACUCAGUCUAAGAAAAUUAAUCAAACUUCAACAAAUGUUGAGAGAAAAUUGCCUCAGAACCAUCUUGUGCAUUCUGAGUCAUCAAGCAAGUCUCAGUCUGAUCUAACUCAAGCUGAUCAACAGCCUACAAACAGUGGUUCCCAGGUUAAUGCAUCUGCUACAAUGACUCAGGACUGUAUGGAUUCUGUUAGUGUGGUACCAGGUGUUACUACUGUUUCUUCUCAGUGGAAAACAUCAGAACCAUCAUUUGAUUCCACCAUGAACAAACAAACCUCUCAAGUGAGCUCCUUGGGGAGUGUACCUGUUGGAAAUUUCACUGGAAAUGAGCAACCAGCAAUUAGUCCAGGGUUGGGGCCAAGAUCAGUUGGCUUGACUGCUCAUGCACAUAAUUCUGAUACUCAGUGGCAGCAACGUCAGACUCAACCUCUCAAACAGUUACCACAACCCAUCCUAUCUCAGCAGACAUAUCAUUCUGAGCAGCAGCAACAGGAGCAAGAACAACAUUCUCCCAAAGAUCUUGCUUUACAACAUCAAUCUCAGCAACAUAUGCAACAUCUACAAUCAGGGCAGAGUAGUUUGUGUAUCCAGACACCUAAUUCUAAAGCUGAAUGAUGCAUUCUAACGAAUGGAGCAGCCAAGUGUGCUUGUUCUGUCAGGAUUGGAGUCUCUAUGCCUUUAUGACAGCAGUGUACAGAUGAAGCUGGUUAUUCGUGGGGACUGGGGAAUAUGGAAACAGAUAUUCGUUGUUUCUGCACAGGUCCUGUUGAAGUACUAACCCAAGUUAUAUUGGCAGGCAUCAUUGCUUAUCUUGUUCUUGUUUUGCAAAUCUUGUAUAUUAACAUGACACUGUUCUUAGAAGGUUGACCCCCCCGUUUUACUUUUUUGAAAAGAGACGAGUAUAGAGGUAUUUUUGUACAGGGUCGUCUCUCUUUUCCUUUGUACUUUCCCCCUUGUCUUGUUUUACCUUCUUAUGUGUAGAGGAACAGUUCCUUUUUGUUUCACUAGAUUAGCGAAUGUAUUUUUACUUUAGAUAAUUGGGAUAGAAAUCAUUUUUAUUGGCAAAAGCCAAUUGAAGGUUUUGUGAAUACAAGUUUCCUGGUCUUCCAACUAGCCAGUCAUUUCAUUUA